UGCACCGCGGCUGAACUGGCGCCCAGCAUUCUCCUCCAGGCCCGAACUUUGAAAAGUCUCUAAAAUGUCCAUCUGGACCGGAACCGGGCCCGGGCCGGCCCGCGGGACCGAGCCUGAGCUGGUUUGUAAGGACGUCCAGCUGUGACUCGGCUGCUGAAGACUGAAGACGUACCAGGAACCACAUAGAGCUAGCUAGCUUCAUCCCUUCAUCCCAGCGGCCCUGUGGGGGGUUAUGGCGUGUCCCGGUGAGACCGGGGAGACCAGUAACCUGUCAGAGACCUGCCCCCUCUGAGGUCCAAAAGAGCGUGGAGUUCUUCAGACCGAUGGUUCUUCAUGAGUCUGGUCCUCCGAGCAGCCGCAGAGCCGUCGUCGUCUCCGUCAGACCAUGUUCCACCAGGACCCGCCCAGCCGGCAGGUCUACCACUGCCAGGACUGUGGGAAGCAGUACAACACCCAGCUGGGCUACCGGCGCCACGUGGUGGCGUCGCACGGAGCCUCCGCCGGCCUGGAGUCCCAGGCUCUGCUGGAGAGCCUGGUUGACCACAGCGACCGGCCCCCGCCGGAGGGGGCCACCACCGGCGUGCCCGUCAGAGAGAGGAAGUACUCGUGCGAGCGGUGCGACCGCCGCUUCUACACGCGCAAGGACGUGCGGCGCCACGCGGUGGUGCACACCGGCCGCCGGGACUUCCUGUGCCCGCGCUGCGCGCAGCGCUUCGGCCGCCGCGACCACCUGACCCGCCACCUCAAGAAGAGCCACGCCCAGGAGGUGGGGCUCAUGUCGCCCCCCGGCACCCCCGGGGGGGCCCCGGCCCCUCCCGCGCAGGCCCCCAGCCCGGCGGCCCCCGACGUUCCCCCCGUCUCCAAGGAGCCCAUGGAGGUUUUCCCCAGGGACAUGUGCCCCUCCUACGCCAUGCCGGGGGUGGGGGGGCCCCCCCAGGGCCUCAUGCAGGGGUCCUUCCCCCCUCAGGGCCCCCACCACCUCCAGGCCCCCGCGGCGCCCCAGCAGCAACCCUUCAACAGCAUGUCCCGGUACCAGCACAGCACUACCUCGUACCCCCGCGCCGACAUGGACAGCUUCCUGCUGGACCUGCAGAGCGCCCCCCCGCCUCACUCCACCACCUCCCCGUCCCCUCAGAGGGAGGUCCUGGGGGACGCGGUGGCCCCCACGGGCCCCGAGCUGGACCUGGGACCUCUGCUGGGCUUCCUGCCCUUCAGCCUGCCGCCGUACAGCCCCCACGUUGGGAUGGGGGGGCUGGUGAUGAGCUACCCCACCACCACCUCGUCCUCGUCCUCCGCCUCCACCGGGCCCUCCCAGGCCCCGGGGCCCUUCCCGUUCUUCCAGCCCUCCCAGGGCCCGGGCCCCCAGGGCCCCCCGGUGCAUGGCCAGCUACCUCAGGCAUACAGUCCCGCCAUGAGCACUUCCAGCCCCCUACCUCACUACUACCAGGCCUUUCAGCAGUGAGCAGCUGUCUCCCGCUCCAAGCUCCGUCAGUAUUACCUCAGAACUUUAAAACAAACCUCGAAUGUUUUACAGAGACGUGACUUCACUUUUCUGAACUUCUCUACAGGAGUCUUCCACUUAUCAGGUUCUCAGAGAGAAAAUGCUACGAGGUCACGGUGUACUUAAUCCAGUCAUGGAUCGUCUCUUCACAGAAGGUCACUUUGGUCGAGGCUAACUUGAGAUUUUUUUCUUUUUAUUACCGUUUUUAAAAUGUUGGUGGACGAACGGCCUCACAGAAGGACAGAGGUCGGUGCCAGAUCGGUCGUAGGUGAGUUCUUGCAGAAGAAGCUUGAACAAGGGAUCUCCGUAGCACUUUGUCUCCAGACGGACAACAGCAUCACCACAUAUGUUAGAAAUGUUUCGAUGCCGAUUGUUUCCAACAACCAAUUUAAGAUGCUGAUUUACUUUUUUAUUCUUUUUUGUUGGCUGAUAC